GAAUGUGGGUUCCGCCCUGCGAAUCCUCCUAGGUACAAAUACCUCUCUGCCACCGCCCACAAUCCUCCGUCCCUUUCUGCUUUCUCAGGUCUCCUCCUCUUUCACCCCUUCCUCUUGACUGUUCGUUCCAUCGAGAACGCUCUCCGCUCAGUCCUUACUUUUUACGGUUCUUCGAGAAGGGCCAGCCUAGAGUAGACAUUUCGACUCUCCAUCGAAAGUCUACGCGCGAAACCGCUCGCAACAAGAUACCCUCGAUAGACGCGGCACCGUUUCGCAUAUUCCGGAUAGACUGCGGAUUAGAUUCCUCGGAUCCGAUAGACGCUCGAUCUUUUCCCUCAACAGCAUCAUUUUCGAUACCACACAAUCAGUCACCAUGCCUGCCGCCACUUCUCAGGUUGCGUCCGAGAACGCCAAGAGCGUCAAGGUUCUCGAUGAGCUGAUGCAGAAGCUCACCAUCUCCAAGGAGGCCGAUGCCGUCAAGGAGUCUGCCGCUGCCAUCGCUUCGUUCAUCAACGGGCGCAUUGAGGACCUCGACACCCCCACCAGGACCGUCGAGACUCUUAAGAAACAACUCGCCAACAAGAAGGACGCCACCGUCCGUGAGAAGGCCCUCCUUACAAUCCAGGCCAUCGCCCAGCACAACGAGGUCUCCGCCAGUGUCGAGCCCUACCUCGUUGCGCUGCUCCCCAGCGUCCUGGCCGGCGCCGGCGACAAGAUUACCGCUGUGAAGAAUGCCGCCAUCGCGGCUGCCCUCGCCAUCGCCGAGGCGUUGAACCCCAACGCCGUGAAGGCCACCCUCCCUGCCCUCAUCGACUCGCUGAGGAACGCCCAAAAGUGGCCCGAGAAGAUGACGGCCCUCGACUUCAUCGACACGUUAAUCCGGACUGCUCCCACCCAGACGGCUUUCCGUGUUCCGGAUCUCAUUCCGGUCGUCUCCGAGGCCAUGUGGGACACCAAGAAGGAGGUCAAGGAUCGCGCCUACAAGACCAUGGAGCAGGUGUGCCAAUUGAUUGUGAACCGCGAUAUCGAGCGCUUCAUCCCGGAGCUGAUCAAGUGUAUUGCCAAGCCCGAGAACGUCCCGGAGACUGUUCACUUGCUUGGUGCCACUACUUUCGUCACCGAGGUGCAGGAGCCGACCCUCGCCCUCAUGGUGCCUCUGCUUGACCGUGGUCUCGCUGAACGGGAUACCGCUAUCAAGCGCAAGUCGGCUGUCAUUGUCGACAACAUGUGCAAGCUCGUCGACGACCCCAACGUUGUUGCUCCUUUCUUGCCCAAGAUGAUGCCCGGUCUCCAGAAGAACUACGACAACCUUGCUGAUCCCGAGGCGCGCGAGAAGACCAAGCAGGCGCUUGACACUCUGAUCCGCGUCGGCAAUGUUGUCGACGGCAAGAUUCCCGAGGUCCGCAAUAACGGCGACGUCGCCACCAUUAUGGGUCAUUUGAAGGAGAUCCUCUCUGGCAAGCACGCCGCUGCUCUUGACAAGUUCGCUCCUGUCCUCGAGUAUGCCACUGCCAUCGCAGGCCAGCUGGUCGACGAGAAGGUCACCGAUGCUGCCACGUGGGCCGAGAGCGUUAAACCUUAUGUUACUGUCGUUGUUGGCGACGACGAGUCUCAGUCUGUCGUCGACGCGCUUCGCAGGCGCGCUGUCCCCGGCGCUGCUGACGAAGCGGACGUUGAGGACGACGAAGAGGAGGGCGAGGACCUUUGUAACUGCACCUUCUCUCUCGCCUACGGUGCCAAGAUCCUGCUCAACCAGACCAGCCUGCGUCUGAAGCGUGGCCAGCGCUACGGUCUGUGCGGUCCCAACGGUUCUGGCAAGUCCACUCUGAUGCGUGCCAUCAACAAUGAGCAGGUCGAGGGCUUCCCCAAGCAGAGCGAGGUCAAGACGGUUUUCGUCGAGCACGACCUUGACUCUGCCGACACUGAGAUGACCACCAUCGAUUGGACCAUGAAGAAGCUUGCCGAGGCUGGUGUCACGACUACACAGGAGGACGUCGUUAAGCAGCUCAACGAGUUCGGUUUCACCGAUCAGAUGAUCAAGGGUGAGAUUACUGCUCUGUCCGGUGGUUGGAAGAUGAAGUUGGCCUUGUGCCGUGCCGUGUUCGAGGCGCCCGAUAUUCUCCUUCUCGACGAGCCGACCAACCAUCUCGACGUGAAGAACGUGAAGUGGCUCGAGGACUACUUGAUCAACUCGCCCUGCACCUCGAUCAUUGUCUCGCACGAUAGCAGCUUCCUCGACAAUGUGUGCCAGCACAUUAUCCACUACGAGCGAUUCAAGCUCAAGCGCUACAAGGGUAACCUCAAGGAGUUUGUCCGCCGCUGCCCUUCGGCCAAGUCCUAUUACGAGCUCGGCGCCUCCGAGAUCGAGUUCAGCUUCCCCGAGCCCGGUUUCCUCGAGGGUGUCAAGACCAAGGCCAAGGCUAUCCUGCGUGCCACUAAGAUGAGCUUCCAGUACCCUGGCACCGACAAGCCGCAGCUCACGGACAUCACGUUCCAGUGCUCUCUCGGCUCUCGUAUUGCCGUCAUUGGCCCCAACGGUGCCGGCAAGUCCACUCUCAUCAACGUGCUCACCGGUGAGCUCAUCCCCACUGGCGGCGAGAUCUACCAGCAUGAAAACAUUCGUAUCGCGUACAUCAAGCAGCACGCGUUCGCCCACAUCGAUAACCAUUUGGACAAGACUCCGUCCGAGUACAUCCAGUGGCGCUUCCAGACCGGCGAGGAUCGUGAGACGAUGGACCGUGCCAAUAAGAUUAUUACCGAGGCUGAUGAGCAGGCCAUGAACAAGAUCUUCAAGAUUGAGGGUACUCAGCGUCGCGUCAUUGGCAUCCACAGCCGCCGCAAGUUCAAGAACAGCUACGAGUACGAGUGCUCGUUCGCCCUCGGCGAGAACGUCGGCAUGAAGAACGAGCGUUGGGUGCCCAUGAUGACGGCUGACAACGCCUGGCUGCCCCGUAACGAGCUUCUUGCUUCUCACCAGAAGAUGGUUGCUGAGGUUGAUAUGAAGGAAGCCCUCGCCUCUGGUCAGUUCCGGCCUCUGGUCCGCAAGGAGAUUGAAUCUCACUGCGCCAACUUCGGCCUCGAUGCUGAGCUGGUCUCGCACUCGCGCAUGCGUGGUCUCUCUGGUGGUCAGCGUGUCAAGGUUGUACUCGCCGCCUGCUCGUGGCAACGUCCUCACUUGAUCGUCCUUGAUGAGCCUACCAACUACCUCGACCGCGACUCUCUUGGUGCCUUGUCCAAGGCCCUAAAGAAGUUUGAGGGUGGUGUCAUCAUCAUCACCCACAGCGCCGAGUUCACCAAGGACUUGACUGAGGAGGUCUGGGCUGUCAUGGACGGCAAGAUGACUCCUUCUGGCCAUAACUGGGUUCAGGGCCAGGGUUCUGGUCCCCGCUUGAAGGCGGAUGAUGGGGAGGAGGAGGAGAAGUUCGACGCUAUGGGCAACAAGAUUGAGUCGACCAAGAAGAAGGCCAAGCUCACGAGCGCCGAGGCGCGCAAGAAGAAGAAGGAGCGUAUGGCUCGCCGGAAGCGUGGUGAGGAGGUCUUCAGCGACGAGGACGAGUAAAGGUGUCGCUCACUGGUCUUUUCCAUGUCUUCAGC